AUGUCCACUAAAGCAUCACGCCUAAAAGCGCUGGAGAACGAACUUGCAGGCUGCUCAAAAGACCUCAAAGUUCAGGUGAAACGCUGUGGGCUCCUCCGCAAGAGGACUCUGAAUGCAACGGACUUGAGGGCUAUGGCGGAAACUAAGCUCAGCUCCAUCUCGCCACCAAAAUUCAGAUCCUUCUUUCCUGCCAACCUCCGUGGCCAUUGUUUCCUAGCUGCUGAUGGCUCUCGUGGUGGCGUCGCCACCACCUCGGACGACUCCCAGCUCGCGCUUCUUUCAGCUGACAUUCGUUCCUUUUCAGUCACCACCACCCUCACUGCAACUCUCUCUGAUCUCACUUUCACUCUGACAAAUGUCUAUGCUCCUUCUGAUCACCAACAAACUCCUGCAUUUCUUGAUGAACUCAAAGAGAUUGCAGAAAUCUUCAACUUGGCCAUCCACGGCCUCUCUCUUCUGGAGCUGCCCCUUCUUGAUAGACUGUUCACCUGGUCGAACAAGCGGGAAAUCCCCACUCUUGCUUGCCUUGAUAGAGUCUUCUUUAACUCGCACCUAGACUCUGUUGUGCCAAACACUACUCUCACUUCACUCCCUCAUGCCACCUCUGAUCACACUCCACUCCUCAUCACAAUUGACACCUCUAUUCCCAAAACUCGUUGCUUCCGCUUUGAGAAUGCUUGGCUACAUGACCCCUCUUUCCUCCCUGCUGUUGAACUGGUUUGGCAUGCUAUUACUAACAAUGCAGGUGGUCCGGCGGGCAUGCUUGCAGCUAGGCUGAAGGACACUCACCGCGUCGCCAAGAAAUGGUCAAAACACAAACACACACCCCUCCUUAUUAACAACUGCAAAUUUAUCAUUCGUCUGCUUGAUCUACUCGAAGAGCAUCGUCGUCUGUGUGCAGGUGAAGCUACUCUCAGGUCUCUGUGUCAAGAAAAGCUCCUCCAACUUCUCAAGGCUCGGGCUGCAUAUUGGAAGCAAAGGGGGAAAUUCAGAGCUGUGAAAGAAGGUGAUGAAAACACAAGAUUUCACCAUGCACAUGCCUCACAGCAGCUACGCAAGAACCAUAUUAAAGCUCUAGAAGUGCAAGGGUUACGAUUCACUGGUCAUGUGGACAAAGAGCAAAUAUUGAGCGACCAUUUCACCUCUUUGCUUGGAAGUCCUGCAGCAACAUCUUGGGACUUUGAUAUUCAUGGAAUCUACAGAGACCUUCCUCGGGUGGAUUCAUUGCCUUUGGUUACUCCAUUCACUGUCUCAGAGGCGCGAGCUGCAAUCAGAGACAUGAACCCCAUCAGUGCCCCUGGUCCGGAUGGCUUUGGCCCAAGGUUCUACCGCUCAGCCUAG